AUGUCUUCCCCUAUUGUUCCCAAUACGUCUGUUGAUGUAGGCAACCUGGCUCAACAAUUAAAUCAAAUAUUAGUUUAUAAAAUAUAUAUAGAAAAAAUGCCAAGUACUAGUUAUCUUGAUAAAAACUAUAAAUCAACUCAUUAUAACAAUGUUCGUCCAUCAUACCCUAAAACGUUAAUCACUGAAAUCCUAAAUUAUCAUAUGGGUCCAUGCGAACGUUUAGUUGAUGUCGGAUGUGGUACUGGUAAGGCAACUGUACUUUUCAAAGACAAUUUUAAAGAGAUUGUAGGUGUUGAUCCUUCUGAGAGUAUGUUAAAAUCUUUUGCGGAUGUAAUCGAAAACGAUGUAGCAGAAAGUGAAAGAGGGAAAUUUAAAUUGAUUAAAGCACCAGGUGAAAGUUUUCCAGAAGUUGAAAACAGUUCUGUCGAUCUCGUCAUAGGUGCUGAGUCCAUUCAUUGGUGUGACAUGCCAAAAUUAUUUAACGAAGUUAAUAGAGUCUUAAGAGAUGACGGAACUUUUGCAUUUUGGUUUUAUUGUCAACCUGAAUUUAUGGAUUUAGGACCAAAAGCUCAUGAAAUUUAUUACAAAUAUGGUUGGAGUGAGCAAUUUAUGGGUAAGUAUUUGACCGCUGAACAGAGAGCAUUUUUCAAUACUUUUGGAGGUCCAAAAUUACCUGAAUUAUUGGGUAAGGAAUUCAGAGAUAUUGAAUUUAGAAAACAUGACGCUCUUCAUAAAGAUAUUAAAGAAGUCUCUUCGUUCUAUAUGGAUGGUUCUAUGACUUUGCAAGAUUUUAAAGGGUUAGUUAAAAGUUGGAGUUUAUACGCCUCCUGGAAAAGAGAUCAUCCUGACGAACCAGAUAUCGCUGACACUUUUAUUGAUGAAUUAAAAACUGAAUGUUCUGUUGAGAGUGAAUCAACACCAUUAAGAGUAGAAUGGGAUACUUUCCACUAUUUAUGCAGAAAAAAAUAA